CCCCCACACCGUUGGGGCGUUUUAACGGGCUCGGCCGGAGCCGGGCAAGCAGAGUGAGGACGGCAGGAUGCAGCCGGAGCUCCCAGUCGGCUCCGCAGCUCUGCGCGGCCGCACGGCCCCGGACAGCCCCUAUCCCGGCCCCUCGCCGCCUGCGGAGGCCACCAAGCCUCCCUACAGCUACAUCGCCCUCAUCACCAUGGCCAUCCAGAGCACUCCUGAGAAACGCAUCACUCUGAGCGGCAUCUACCGCUACAUCAUGGGCCGCUUCACCUUCUAUCGCGACAACAAGCAGGGCUGGCAGAACUCCAUCCGUCACAACCUGUCGCUCAAUGAGUGCUUCGUCAAAGUGCCUCGCGACGACAAGAAGCCGGGCAAAGGCAACUACUGGACUCUGGAUCCCGACUGCUACAACAUGUUUGAGAACGGCAGCUUCCUCCGGCGCCGCCGCCGCUUCACCAGGAAAAGGGCCCUGCGGGACGGUGAGGGGGAUGAGGGACGCAGGAAGACCCCCAAAACCCGCUCACGGGCACCGCUGCCGGACGAGGGGAAAGCGGAGAGCGGCUUUGCAUCGCCAACAGCAGAGCAGAGAGCAGAAGGCGUCGGGGUGCCGGGCUGCGCCGUGCAGAUCUGUGCUCACCCGCAGCCCAAAGCGCCAUUCUUCACCAAGGAGCCGCUUGGGGUCCCCCAGGAGAGCCACCUGCCCGCUCCCCCCCAGCCCAAGCAGACUGCCUUCGGGGGACCCCCGGCCGCGCUGCCGCUGCCCCGGCCAGGUCAGUACCCACUGCCUGUAGAGCCCGGCCACCCCGCACAGCGCUCCCCGCACCACACUGCGUCCCCCCCGGGUGAUCUGGAGGGCAAAGAGCCGGCGGCCCCCGCCGUGGGGCUGGGCCAACCCUUCGGGCAGGUGUCUCCCGUCUUCCCCAGCACCCUGCUGGGCACGGGCAAACCCCCCCCAUCUUGCUUCCUCGACGGCGAUGGCUACAAACAGCCCCCCCUGCCCGUGUUCGGCUCCUUUGGCCGCGCGGGCCCCGAGGCGCUGGGGGGCAGCUACCAGUGCCGGGUGCAGGCGCUGAGCUUCUGUGUGAACGAGCGGCCGUGCGGUGCGGCGCUGGAGCAUCUCCUGGCUGCGGCCCCCACUGCUGCCACCGCCACCCCCCCAGCCCCCCGCCAGCCGCCCUUUGGGGUGGGCGAGCAGAAGGAGGCGUGGGGCACGGGGGGGACGAUCCCGCUGCAGGGGGGCGGUGGUUACCCCUUGGGGCUGCCCCACUGCCUCUACCGGACGCCUGGAAUGUUCUUCUUUGAGUGAUGGACUGACACCUCCCUCCCCACCCCCCGGCACCAUGCGGGGCUCCAGCUAUGGAAUAAAGCACAUUCGCCCA